UUUAGUCACUCUAGUCACCCUGUGCCCGGCAACAAGCUGUGAUCAUUUCAUAAACAAAAUAAUUAAAUUUGCAGCCUUAACAGAUGUUGUUCCGUUGUCCAGCGCAAUUUGUUUGGCUUAUGCGCAAAAGGGAUUAUCUUAUCGCUUGUCUCAAAACACCCAAAGGACAACAAUAACAGCAGCAGCCCCAGCAGCCGCCGCAACAGCAGCAACAGCAACACGAACUCGCCACAAAACCGCAAUCGGCAAAAUCAUCAACAGUGGCGCGCCAUUGGGCAAGUAGACAGUGCCAAGCUUUUGCGGAUGCAGUCUCGCUCUCGUCCAUGUCCGAUGUUCGUGUCAGUUGGAAUUUGACAACGCCAACGAACCGCAAACACCCGCGCAAAAGUCAUGACAGCAAUCGAGGCAACAACAACAAGAACAACAACAGCAGCAGCUGCAGCUAAGACUCUCAACUCGCUGCUGCAGCUGCCGGCGCAGAUGGAGCUGAGCCAAAUAGAGUUGAUCUAUCGGGCGGAGGGUAAUGCAAAUUUGGUGCUGGCGUUGCCGCAAUUUAAAAAAGUUUUACGUUUGCCAAAAAUGAUAUCCAACCGUCAGCAGAGCCACAACGUCGACUCCCAGGACAGUUGCCAGUCGAGGCCGGAAAAACAGCCCAACGUUUCCGACCCAACUAAAGCUGGCGUCUUGACAAUGCCGGAUUUUAUGGCUUAUAUCGAGAUAAUGCGCCGUCUAUUAGGAAAUGAGUUUGUCUGCGAACCGGAUAUUGUUGCCAUACCCAAGCAAAGCGAUAGAUUCUGGAUAAACGAGCACAUACGCGCCCACAGGCCGGUUGCGCGCCUGGAUAAGGAAUUUGUGGGGCCAUUCGGUCUGAUGUUGCCAGAUGUGACCCAAUUGCCUGCCACAUUCGAUGUUUUACUUGCCAAUUUGCAGUUGGGAGAAAAAGGCGAAUGCGAUGAAAACGCAAAGGACAUGAACACGGACAUGAAUGCCGACAUCUGCAACGAGUCCAACGAGUUGAGCACCCGCGCAGCCAGCACGAGUUCCAGCAAACGGAGUGCGGAUGAUGGAGGGGGAGGUGGAGGGACGGAGAGAAUCAGCCGUCUGGGCGAUACAUAUGCCAUCGAAAUAAAACCGAAACAGGGCUGGCUGCAGUUGGCAAGUGAUGUCAGCGAUUUAUUUGAUUUAAUGCCAGCGGGCGCAAAGACAAUGGACACGACCUCCGACGUUGCGACGAGCUGCAAUCGGACCAACUUGCUGGCAACGGGUGGCGAACGGUUAACACAGUUAACCCCAGACAAGUGCAGGUGUCGCUAUUGCAGCAUGCAGCACCUAAAGUUGCAGACUGGCAAAAUCAAACGAUUGGGAGAAUAUUGUCCAAUGGAGCUAUUUUCUGGUACACCCGGUCGCAUGGUCAAUGCCUUGAAUGCACUUUUCGCCUGCCCGCAAAAUAAUUUACGUGUAUUUCAGCGCGGCAAUUUAAUUUAUGGCGAUCACGCGAAUUCGAUUUCCUGUGAUGAGCUGCACACUCGCGUUUUUCCUGGUGAAAUUAUGGCGCUUAUAAAACAUUUGCUGGUCGCCUGCCUGCUCAGGGAAUACGGCAACAACACGAAUGAGAUGGAUCAACAACAACAACAACAGCAACCAGAAGAAGGAGGCGCUGCAGUUGGGUGUGGCAUGAAGACAAAAGCAACAGAAACUACUACAGAAAGUGGCGCGGCUAAUGUUGAUGCUGCUGUUGCCACUGCGUGGCACGAACAUGAGACGGAGACGCGGGGACAACAACAGCUGGCAGGAAUAGUUGAGUUUGUCAAAGCUGUUGCUGCUGGUCAGCCACAGCAAGAGCAACAGCAGCAGCAGCGACGAUGCUCGACAAGAGCAGCUGCUGAAAAAGCGACCCAAAGGUACACAAAGCGUAGCCGAACAGCAACACCAACAGCAACAACAACAUCGACAGCAGCAACGUGCUGUGAAAGCACAACCAGGUUGUCAACGAAUGUGGCAAUGGCAGCAACUCGAACGGAAACGGAAACACUGCCAACUGCGACAUCGCCACCAACGACGACAACGAUGAUGAUGGCGACUCCGAAUCCGAAUAAAACUCGAGCACAGAUCAACAAAGCGGAAAUAUUUCACUUACCAAAAAAUUGUGUGCUGCAAAAAAUUUUGCAUUUACAAUUGCUGGUAAAGAGGCAUUUUCAUUACAUGUGGCAAACGGGGCAGGCUCAACAUGCCACGCCCAGCUAUGCGGCAUUGCGAGCGCUGCUUAGUCGCUGUCAGCAGGAGCCGGCUUUGGCUUUGGCUUUAGAUAAUGUGGAUCAGCUGGCGGCAGAGGAGGCUUACAUGUUGGGCGCCACAGCGCUUGACUGCUCCAUAAUGUUGACAUUUCAGGAAAUUCGCUGCCAGCCCAGGCACAACAGCUUAUUGCAGCCUUGGCUCGUCACGCUGCAGGGACGUCAAUUUCUCACCAAGCUGAGUGUGCUGGAUCUCGAUCCCAAACCGGAUAGUCACUUUCACAAGUUCGUAAAGCAGAUGCGGGAAAUUGAAAAGUGCUGCCGAGCAUUAAAUUAAUUAAUAAACUCGAUGGGAAAAACUGCAAAACUAGAGCAGCAGCAACAACAAUAAAUACAACAACAACAACAAACUGUGUUAC